AUGAUUGUCGCUCACGCUCCAAAAACUUAUUUCGGUUCAGGCGAUAUACAAAAAUCAUUGGGUUCUCUUCCUGGAUUUCCAUGGGCGAAAUAUCCCGGAGAAAAACAUCUUCCCGGUCAUAAUUACACCGGUCGAGGCACUAGGUUAGAUCUGCGAUUAGACGAAAACAAUAAACCCAAACCAGGGGAAGAACCAGUCAAUAGAGUUGACGCCGCUGCGCUUAAACAUGAUAUUUUAUACAGAAACAAAGACAUAAAGUUUAGACACGAAGCAGACAAACAAAUGAUAAUCGAACUUGAAAAUAUUCCAAAUCCAACUUUCAAAGAGAGAAUGGAAAGAGCAUUAAUCAUUAAACUGUUAAAAGCAAAGAUGAAAUUAGGUACAGAUUGUAUAGAUCAAAUGUUACAACGUUUAGGAAAAGUAGAUCAGAAAAGACUAACCUUAAUUUCCCAUAACGGCAGUGGUUUUGACAACUGGAUUGCACUUCAAAACGUUAAAAAACUAACACAAUGUCCACUAGUAGUAGAUAAUAAAAUUCUUUCUUUUCCUUUAUCUAAUCCAUAUACAGAAGAAAGAUUGCAGAAAAAAUGGAAAAGACAGAAAGAAAUAAUGAGUAACUCUAACUAUUUACAAAAUAUAUCUUUCACUUGUUCAUUUAUACAUCAAAGCACUAGUUUGGCGGCCUGGGGAAAUUCAUCUAAUCUACCGAUGAAUUUGAAAAAGAUCACCGAUGUUAAUAUUGCAAAAUUCACCAAAGAAACCUGGGAAUCUUUAAGACCCGAAUGA